CUUUUCAUUAAAAAGGUAGGAGGAACAAGAAGGUGGCGAUGUGGAUCUGUGCCUCGCAGCCCGUGCUCCGAAACAUCUCCAGGACCCUGCCAAUCCAAUUGGCCAAUCGCUGCUAAGAUGAUGGUCUGUAAUUAGAUAAUUGGAUUUUAUGUAUUGAUAUGGGAAAAGAGAGUGAGCGAAAGAGAGGGAGAAAGGUGCAGCAAUUCAAGGCUUCGAAGCAGGAAUAUCCUUCCUCAGUCUCACCCAAUCGAAGAGGACACAUUUCAUUAUUUUUUCUUGGGAAAAGAUUCCGUGAAUCCAAUCCAAGUCGGAAAUUAGAAGAUAAAAACCCCUUUUCUCUUCAGCUUUGAUGAUUGAAUGGAUCUGGCCGUACGCGAGGCUCUGCAAAGGUUUCAGGACUGUCACUCUGCGUUAACGGAGCAGCAGAAAUUUCUACCUGUUAUUCGGAAGCACAGUUUCAACUGAAGGUUAAAGGAAGGAGGGGGCGCAGAAAACGGCUUGUGUUCCUGCCUGCUGCAAUCCAUGUGCAUUGAUUUAGAGACAGCCGGUGAGCAAGGCAGAGCAAGAGAGGAAAGAGAAGCAAAGAUAUAUAUAGAAAAGAAAGCAGGAGAGAAAGAAAAGGCAGAAAGGAGCUUGCAGUUGAGAAAUACCCGCACUGCUGUGUGACUGGAAAUCUUAAUAACUCGACAAAGGAGAGAUUAUUCCAUUAACAAAAGGCUGAGAGUGCAAGCCACGCUGAAUAGGGGUCCCACUGCAGGGUUUGAAUCUGCAGGGGAGGGGAGGGAGAACCGGAGAAAGAAACCAGAGAGAGGGAGACGGAGAAAGCCAUUGAAGAGGCGGAAAAUGCUGCAAUUGUUCAAAUUGUCAUCUGGAGAGACCAACCCACAGAGACACCUGGAUGUUUUGGUCAAGAAACUUGGGUAAAUUAUGAAUGGGAGCGAUGAUGAUGAUGAUGACGAAGGCACAUCAAACGCAGAGGAUGAGAUUCAACGUUGGCAGAACUGUUAGCCGCCUGGUGCUGUUGACCCUGUGGACCCUGUCCCUGCUCGGCGAGCUGGUGCAGCCUCACGUCUGCCCCAAGGGCUGCUCCUGCAGCAACCAGUUCAGCAAAGUGAUCUGCACCCGCUACGAGCUGCGGGAGGUGCCGGGCGACAUCUCCACCAACACCCGCUACCUGAACCUGCAGGAGAACGCCAUCCAGGUGAUCAAGGCGGACACCUUCAAGCAGCUGCGGCACCUGGAGAUCCUGCAGCUCAGCAAGAACCUGAUCCGCCAGGUGGAGGUGGGCGCCUUCAACGGCCUCACCAGCCUCAACACGCUGGAGCUCUUCGACAACCGGCUGACCACGGUGCCCAGCGGCGCCUUCGAGUACCUGUCCAAGCUGCGGGAGCUCUGGCUGCGCAACAACCCCAUCGAGAGCAUCCCGUCCUACGCCUUCAACCGGGUGCCGUCCCUCCGGCGCCUGGACCUGGGCGAGCUGAAGAAGCUGGAGUACAUCUCGGACGCGGCGUUCGAGGGCCUGGUCAACCUGAGGUACCUCAACCUGGGCAUGUGCAACCUGGCCGAGAUCCCCAACCUGACGCCGCUGCUGCGCCUGGAGGAGCUGGAGCUGUCGGGCAACCGGCUGGAGGUGAUCCAGCCCGGCUCCUUCCAGGGCCUGACCAGCCUGCGCAAGCUGUGGCUGAUGCACGCCCAGGUGCAGCUGAUCGAGCGCAACGCCUUCGACGACCUGCAGUCGCUGGAGGAGCUCAACCUGUCCCACAACAACCUGACGUCGCUGCCGCACGACCUCUUCACGCCGCUGCACCGCCUGGAGCGGGUGCACCUCAACCACAACCCCUGGCACUGCAACUGCGACGUGCUGUGGCUCAGCUGGUGGCUGAAGGAGACGGUGCCCAGCAACACCACCUGCUGCGCCCGCUGCCACUCGCCGCCCGCCCUCAAGGCCCGCUACCUGGGCGAGCUGGACCAGAGCCACUUCACCUGCUACGCGCCCGUCAUCGUCGAGCCGCCCGCCGACCUCAACGUGACCGAGGGCAUGGCGGCCGAGCUCAAGUGCCGCGCCGCCACCUCCAUGACCUCCGUCAACUGGAUGACGCCCAACGGGACGCUGAUGACCCACGGCUCGUACCGGGUGCGCAUCUCGGUGCUGCACGACGGCACGCUCAACUUCACCAACGUGACGGUGCAGGACACCGGGCUCUACACCUGCCUGGUCAGCAACUCGGCGGGAAACGCCACGGCGUCCGCCACGCUCAACGUGUCGGCGGCCGACGGCGGGCUGGCGGGCGGCGGCCCGGGCGGCGGUUCGGGCGGCGUCAACAGCUACAGCUACUUCACCACCGUGACGGUGGAGACGGUGGAGGUGGUGGACGAGCCCCGCUCCACCGAGCGCCAGGCCGGGCCCACCCCCUCAGGGGGCUGGGAGGCCGCGGGCUCGUCGUCGUCGUCGUCGUCGUCCUCGGCCGCCGCCUCCACCACGUCGCUGGCGCCUCAGUCGACGGAGCGGGCGUUCACCGUGCCGCUGGCCACCGAGCCCGGCGACAACGUGCUGGCCGGGCUGGACGACGUGAUGAAGACCACCAAGAUCAUCAUCGGCUGCUUCGUGGCCAUCACCUUCAUGGCGGCCGUCAUGCUCAUCGUCUUCUACAAGCUGCGCAAGCAGCACCAGCUGCACAAGCACCACGGCCAGGCCCGCACCAUCGAGAUCAUCAACGUGGAGGACGAGCUGGCCGGCUCCACGCCCGCCGACAGCUGCCUGGCCCUCCCCGCCGUCGACCGCGAGCACCUCAACCACUACACGGCCUACAAGGCGCACUACAACAACAACACGGCCGCCUCGGCCGCCCUGAACUGCACCAAAAACCCGCUCCACAACUCCGUGCACGAACCGCUCCUCUUCAAGUCCGGCUCCAAAGAGAACGUGCAAGAGACGCAGAUCUAAGCGGCACCCUCCCUCCCGCCACCCGCCCGCCCGAACCUACCCUGGGGAGGGUGAGGUGGAGGUGUUGGGGUGGACACCUCCUUCCCCUCUCUUAUUGCCACCUGCCUCUUGCU